AUGAACGACAACGAAACUCUCUCUGUGAUUCCCGCGCAACUCGGGUUCCUCACCAUCUACAACCCCUCCUUGGGAACAACAGACGAAACGCUCCAGGACCAAAUUGUGUUUUACUAUUCUGCAGCUAGUCGAUCAUCGAACGGCGGAAAUGCUUCGUCAAAUGACUCUUCCUCAGAGCAACACAAUAACAAGGACGAGACAAACGAGAGAUUGCGCAAAAUUGGCCUGGCGCAGGGCAUGGUAAAUUUUGCAAAAAAUUUCUCCAAUGGUCGUCCUGUUGAUAGCGUUGAGACUGAGAAGUCACGGAUUGUUCUGGAUGAACUCGAAAGCGACUGGUGGAUAUUAGCUUCAAUAGAUUUCACUCGAAUAUCAUCCCCCAGUGCCGCCAAUGCAUCUUCAGAAACCUCUACAUCAAUCGAGUACUCUUCACGAGAAAUAUAUCCACCUCAGUCCUUAAUCCAACAACUUCGACGAGCGCAUUCGAUAUUCCUGUUACAUCAUAGCGAUUCCCUAGAAAGCCUCUAUGGACGAGUUGGAAGAGAACCCUUCUGCAAAUUGCUCGGUCGUUUCUGGAACAGAUUUGUCCGUCACUGGCUCGUACUUCUCAACGGCAACCCAGCCGUAGACCUGUUCAAUGGCGUCAAAUUAGCUGUAGGCGGAGAGCUCGGUAUUGGUGUAGGUGAAGAGGAAUGGGGUAGUGGGGAAAGAGAAGUUCUUGAAGAUUUUGUCUCGCGAACAAAUGGUCUCGUUGAUCUUGUCGUCUCUCGCUUCGGAGAUGCACCGACUCAACCGCCAACAUCACCGGUAAAGGGGACUUCUGGUAAAGAACAGGCUGAACUACGUGUCUGGCUAGGAUCGGAUCAGACUCCGCGCCCGUCAGAUGGUGUUAUAUUCUCGGGAGUUGGUGCUAUCUCGAGACGUUCUUUGGUGCGUAUAUCCCACUGGAUGGAAUGGAUUUAUAGAUACGGCGAAGCUGCAUAUGGGGUUGAUGAGAACCCUAGUUCUGGCCGGUCACGAAGGCGAAGAAGACCUAAACCAAAGGCAACGACUACCCUUACACCAACUCAACCGACUGGGCCAAAGAAAACGAACUCGAAAACAGAGUCACAAAGUGGUAGGAAAUCGCCAGGCAUUCCGCUGCCGUUGGUUGUCGGCACUCCUCCGCCUGUCCAGAACACAACUAGUGGCGAUCAGACGCCAGAAGAUAGCGGAAUCAGUGCUGAAAUGGUCAUGAAAUACCUCACACUGGGAUAUGGUUCAGUAUGGAAAAUUCCUGGUAUCUCACCCAAUGCUUCAAGUGAGGCCACAGGGUCAGCAAAGGGCGGCACCGAAAAUGGCGGCUCUCAAGAUAACAAACCAAAGAAAAAUGACGGAGAUGCUUCUCAAGGAAAGUUCAUCAUCGGUCUCAGAGACGACCUCGAGGAAGAAGUCUCUGACGAUGACAAUCCCGAUGAGAGUGUCUUCUUUCUUCCACAGAACCAGGAAGAUAACAACAGGCGUACGCUAUUAAGAACUGUACAGGUAGAGGCAGUCGAGUCGGCGUCGUAUAACAACGGUCAAGUUCUGACAGUACAGCGCCAACCAUUCAUGUUCACAUUCCUAUUCGAUCUACGAACACCAUCUCUCACCCUCCCCUCCUUCUACCGCAGCAUCCACCACCAACUCGGCCCCUUACAACGACCUCUCCUAUCAUCCACAUCCCCGCUCAACGUCGCCCGCAGAAUCUACUUCGCAGACUGCGACGCCGGCGAAAAGAAACGCGCAUCUUCCGCAAUCAGUAGCCCGAUUCACGAUCUUGUCUACGACCCCAGCAAUCUGACUGUUCGAUCAUCUAUCCCUAAUAUCCCCGAACCAGGCGUGAACCAUACUUCUUCUUCUCCGUCUUCGUUACUGGGAUCAUCUGACCGACAACCGCAAUGGUCCCGCCUUGAAGCUCUGAAUGUCCAUAGCCAAUUCCUCAGCACAUACAUCGAAACUCGAAGCCGUCCGCUAGAAAUGGAACGAACCUGCAAAACAAGUCGAGGCUGGUGGCUAAUCUGGGUUCGGAUUCGUGACGAACCAUCAGCCUCCAAACAACUACCACCACCUCAGCAGCAGCAGCAGCAAGGUCAAGCCACAGCCGCAGAUAGGAUUCAGCAACAUCUCAAUCCGUCAAAGGAAGCUUUCUUGAUCAGGAAAGCGUCCGACGCUCUAUCUUCAUCUUCUGGUGGGAGCGGUGCCCGACAUUCCCACGAGAGUAGCAGUGGGAUCAGAUUUCUUCGUGAUCUGAGCGGUGCAUCAUCUUCUGGUGCUGCAGCGACUGGAGGUGGUGGGAAUGAUGUCUCAUUGGGCUCGGGAAAACUUACGGAGGGACUGGGGUUUGAUGCUCAUCGAUAUAUUGAGAGUUUAUUGAGUUUGAAUCGAUAGACUCGUUUCGAGAUCAUGAGAGAUAUAGAUCUAUUUCUAUUUACGCUACAUAUAGUCAGUAUACGAUAUGAAUAUGGGCAUGAUAC